AUGGUGAUUCCCUAUGCGAGUGCAAGGCAGAGCCAAGACAUGUCGGCGACGGGGACGCCGCCGCGGCGCAUCGUGGUUGCGAUCGACGACUCGACGGGCAGCACCGAGGCGCUCCAAUGGGCGCUCGAUAACAUGCAGCUUCAGCCUGGUCGUGACACCAUCAUUCUCGUUAACACUCAGGCCUAUUCCGCCGCCCCUACUUCCCGGCCAGGCUUCCACGUGUCCCAGGGAGAGAUUAAUGCGGACACGCAGAGGAAGAAGGAUGCCGGGUACAAGCUGCUGGAAAAGUACAAGGCGCAGUGCGAGGCGCGGCAGCUGCUGUGCGAGACACGUGUGAUGAUCGGCGAUGCCAGGCUGUCGAUAUCCGAGGCAGCGGAGCAGGCCAAAGCAGACGCCGUGGUGGUGGGGAGCCGGGGACAUGGCGCUCUUAAGAGGCUGGUGCUCGGGAGUGUGAGUGAGUACUGUGCGCACCACUGCCCCAUGCCAGUCAUCAUCGUGCGACCCAACAAGAUAGGCCAGCCCGACCCUGCUGUGCCCAUGGACUGA